AUGGAGUUCAGUGUGGAAGAAGAGGGAGAUAUACAGGAUGAAGCAGCACUUCUCACAUUCUCAGAAAUCCUCUUUCAUGCACAGAAUACUGCUGCCGAAGGGGAAAGACAGAGGUCAAAAGAUACCGGAAGGCCAAAGCAUUACACCGGAAACUCAACUCGGACUCUACGACGUCAUGCUCUGAAAAGGAAAAGGAUUGCGGGAACAAAUCAGACUUUCAUCAGCAGCUGGAUUACAAAGAAGCCGGAAUUCGAAGGUGUCCAAGUUGAAGGCACUGAAUCUCCAUAUGAGGUGAGUUCUGAUGUCAUGGCUCGUGAAGAAGAAUCUUCCGAAUCAGCAUCAGAUUCGUCUGGGGAUUCCAUGGGAGAGAACCCAUCUCGAUCAUCACCUUUUGAAAUGUUAUUCAGCGAACAGGAGGAACAAAUUCAGAAAAUGCUGGAAGACAUCCAAAAUGGACAGCCACCCUGCGAUGACAGUCCAGAGACAUUCACAGAUUCAGUUCUCAAUGCUCUUGAUUACAAAGACUUCCCUGCCUUACAUCGGGCUCGAGAAAAAAUUGCAGCGAGCAGCAAAGACAAGAAGCUUGAUGUGGUUUUCCGAUCUCGCAUCACAGCAAUGCUUGGUGCUUUGAACCUCUACCUUGAUCCGGAGCUGUCGUAUGGUUGGCGUGAAGCAUCUCUCGUGGCCUCGAAAUCACUAGGCCAAGGAAUCAAUCAUGCACGCAACAUA